CAGAGAGGCGAGGAGGAGACGGACUUGGAAAAGCCAGCUCGUCCUAAACUCGAUAGUGGCAUUAGCUACACGGAUUAACGGCAGCUUUGAUGGUUAUUGCUAACAUUAUAUAGUGUUUCCACUUGUUUAUUCAAGUCUCUUUAACCGUGGAGGGUUGUUUGACUGACUUUGGAGAGGAAUAUCGCACCGUUUGGAUCCUCGUAAUCGGUUGUUUCCCUGCUGGAGCGGACGGAGCUGUGGUUGUGGCCGGGCAGCCCCUCCGGACUGUUGGACGAAGCUGGAGCUUCUACACGGAAUAUAACGACAGUAAACAUUUUAAACUAGUUGUUUUUUUACGUUAAAAAGUGCGAAUGACCAUUUCGUCUACAUUUGGACAUUUUUUAGCUAUGCGACGGAGCUCAUUGAGGAGAAGUUUGAUUGGAGAGCGGAGUGCGCUUGAUUUCCAGUCCGAUGGAUGUUAGCCCUGCCAGGCUGUGGUUCGGCUGUUUGUGCCGCUGUUCAGAAAAUAACUGCUUAUCAGGCAUAAGUGAUCUCUUCAUAAUAAUGCAGCAGACCUGGCAAGUACACGGCAGCUCAGGCUUCGGUGCCAUCAAGUCGCCCUCGAUUGCUUGCCUGUAAACCUGGAAAUACCACUAACCAUCCCCUUCUCUUCCCUAUCCUCCUCUUCCUCCCAUCUUUUACUGGACUAUUGAGCCUUGCAUUACCUGGGAUAUUUUUGGGAUUUUGACUCGAUUUUAUAUUUUAAAAAUGCCCCCUUUUCAGAGACUGUGCUCCUUGGAGCAACAAGACAUUUAAUAUAACUCCAUCGUUUUGUGAUAUUGGGGGCGUUGUACUUGUUUAAAUUCCCUUUCUAGUGAGAGGAUCAUAUUCGGAUGGAAAAUGGGAGACGCCACAAAACUGGCCUUCGCCGUUUUCCUCAUCUCUUGCUCUUCAGGCGCCAUCCUGGGACGCUCAGAGACGCAGAAGUGUGUCUACUAUAACUCCAGCUGGGAGAAGGACCGGACCAACCGCAGCGGCAUCGAGCCAUGCUAUGGCGAGAAAGACAAGCGGAAGCACUGUUUCGCCACAUGGAAGAACGUCUCUGGAAACAUUGAGAUCGUCAAGCAAGGAUGCUGGCUGGAUGACGUCAACUGCUACGACAGUAACGAGUGUGUGGAGAGGAAGGAGAGUCCUGAAGUUUUUUUCUGCUGCUGUGAAGGCAACAUGUGUAACGAGAGGUUCCUGUACGCUCCUGAAGCGACCCGGCAGACCGACCAGCACCAUUCACCCGCCUACACCACCUCCAACCCAUUUUCCCAGAAGCCCCAGCUCUUCAGCACCCUGCUUUACUCUCUGGUUCCCAUCAUAGGCCUGGCUGCCGUUGUUCUUUUCUCCUUCUGGAUGUGGCGGCAUCACAAACUGGCCUACCCAGCUGCCCUCGUCCCCACACAUCACGCCUUUCACAUUAUGGUGGAGGAUCCCGGACCCUCACCCCCGUCCCCGGUGAUGGGCCACAAACCGCUGCAGCUGAUUGAGGUGAAAGCCAGGGGUCGCUUCGGCUGCGUGUGGAAGGCCCAACUGCUGAACGAAUACGUGGCCGUGAAGAUCUUCCCAAUCCAGGACAAGCUGUCUUGGCAGAACGAGUAUGAGAUCUACACCGUGAGCGGCAUGAAACACGAAAACAUCCUCCACUUUAUCGGCGUAGAGAAGAGGAAUAACAACCUCGACCUGGAGCUGUGGCUCAUCACCGCCUACCAUGACAAGGGCUCUCUGACAGACUACCUGAAGGCCAACGUGGUUUCCUGGAAUGAGCUUUGCCACAUUGCUCAGUCGGCGGCCCGGGGCCUGGCCUACCUGCACGAGGACAUCCCGGGACACAAAGAUGGACACAAGCCCUCCAUCGCCCACAGGGAUAUUAAGAGUAAGAAUGUGCUCCUUAAGAAUAACUUGACAGCCUGCAUAGCGGACUUUGGCCUUGCAUUAAAGUUCGAGGCUGGAAAAUCAGCAGGAGACACACAUGGACAGGUGGGAACGCGACGCUACAUGGCUCCCGAAGUGCUGGAGGGCGCCAUCAACUUUCAGCGUGACUCCUUCCUUCGUAUCGACAUGUACGCCUUUGGCCUCGUCCUCUGGGAGCUCGCGUCACGCUGCACUGCAGCUGAUGGGCCUGUAGACGAGUACAUGCUCCCCUUUGAGGAGGAGGUGGGUCAGCACCCGUCUCUGGAGGACAUGCAGGAGGUAGUCGUGCAUAAGAAGCUGCGACCCUGCCUGCGAGAGUGCUGGCAGAAACACACGGGUCUGGCCAUGCUCUGUGAAACCAUCGAGGACUGCUGGGACCACGAGGCUGAGGCCCGCCUGUCCGCAGGCUGCGUCGAGGAGCGCAUCGGCCAAAUGCAGCGCCAAGCCCCCAUCAUCGGCCCAGAGGAGAUUGUCACUGUCGUCACCAUGGUGACAAACGUGGACCUUCCUCCCAAGGAGUCCAGCUUAUGAUCAGCCAAUCACAUGAUAACCGGAUGAGCUACUGGAAAUCGACAAGAGGCGAUUAACAGCCAACCCUGGUCGGUUGGCUCAGGGGGUUCCUUUAGUUUUUCUUGUUUUGUUUUUUUCUUUUUCUUUUUUCUUUGUUUUUUUGUUAGUUUUUGAUCAUGGUUCCUUUAAGUGCGGGCCGCUACUCGCGUUCAGGAAACACCCUGCGCCCACCUCACCACAUCGGUCGACAUCCACCUCAUGUCUUUGAUAUGUGUGCCUGAGGAUUUGAACAUUUCCCCUCCGAGUCGAGACUCACUCAUCCUGAGCGGACGAGGCGGGAUGCGACGUCACGGGACGACGACGCUCAACAAACACUUUUAUCAUGUUAUGUUUUUAUACACACACACACACACACACACAUAGGAGGGCGACCUGUUCUGCACGGAUUCCUACGCAGAGAAGAUCUUGCAGAGAAAAAACUCUCAGCGCAUUUUAGUGUUAAAGAAAACCAACAAAACAAAAAAAAAAAACAAACAAAAAAAGAAGACGAGCACCCGCUCCUGAUACAUUUGCUGUUUCCUUGUGUGCGUUCUUUUGAAGAGACGAUCAUCGUUCUGCCAAUAAGCAACAGCUUCUGAAUGUUUAUAGUGUAAUGCUGCUGUACAUAGUGUAUCAUGGACCCUGACAACUUGGUAAUCAAGCUUAUUGUAAAGGUUUGGGGGAGGGGGUGGUGGGGGGGGAGGGUCCAUUUUCAAGCAUUACAACGAUAAAAACCCAUAAACCUCCUUCAACCAGGUAUACCUCAGUUCAGACGGACACAGUUUAAAUUAGUUCCUCUCCCUGCUCAGUCACAGUUCACAACCUCAAAUCUUCAUCAGGCGAGCUGAUGUCGGCUGCGACACGGCUCAUGGGUAACGUAGUCAGCAGUGGAUCGACCCAUGUGGCCACACACACACACACACACACACGGUUUUCCUCCCUUUGUCAUAUAGUUUAGCUCUACUUUGAUUUAAACUGUUUUUUUAUUGACAGUGGGAUAAAAACACCCCCAUAAUAAUGAAGUUGUCAUUUAAAGUUAAUUUUUAGGGGUUUGCCGUGUCGGCUGCUGAUCAGAGAGAGAACUGGACGAAGCGAGAUGUCAAGAAUCUGUCAAAAUUGUUUGUUUUUUGUUUUGUUUUGUUUUUUUUUCUUUAUUUUGUGAAGUCACUUUCACGUCGUCCGAUUCAUUUAGAGCAGGGGUCUGCAACCUGCGGCUCCGGAGCCUCAAGUGGCUUUCUGGACCUUCUCUUAAUACAAGGCUAAACAUGCUAAAGAACUAACUAAUGUUUUUAAAAAUAAAUUUUUUAGCUAAUUUUCUUUAUUUUUUUUUUCUUGUAAUAAUUUCAUUGAAUUUCUACAUUAUGACACCAAAAGUACAAGUCAUAAUUUUUUAUUUAUUUUUUUUUUUUACAUCGUUUUUUACAUCCCAUAGAAGAAAGUCUGUAUAUCCUUUGCUAAAGUUUGGUGUUUUUCUUUAUUUUAAAACUUAAAAAUAGAAAUAAAAAUGUGGCUUUUCAAAAAUUUCCUCUAGUAGCUAUUUAUGAAAAUGAUGAGAUUUAAAAGGGUCUCGUAACAUGCAGCUCUGAACGAGUUUUAUUUAUCUGGGCUUUGAUUGUAAAGGUUGCAGACCCCUGAUUUACAGUAAAGAAAAAAGCAGAUUGACAGAACAAGUCGCCCUUUAGUUUAUAAUUUCCUGCUUUUAUUGGAGGUGUCAGUUCCCAGCCCUCUGUAUUUUAGCUGAGCCAGCUUGUUUUUAAUUUGAUUGCACACUUUCUUUUAUCUUCAUACCAUUAAGAAUUUCUGCUCUCUUUUUGAUACACCUCAGGAAUCUUUGCUACUCACCACACUCUUCGCAUCCUCCUCAUCCUCCUUGUCAUGCUCAUAGGUAAACAGCUGUAGGUGUUUACACUGAAAACUGAAGCUAACCUGGUCAGCUUUGGUCCAAUCUCUCUUUAAGACCGAGCUUAUGCUUUUUGGUGAAUUCUCGGGACCUUUAUCGCCCUCAAAAUUCAGUGGAUAAUCGUCAUCUCCUGUUUUAUUUUCUAUUUUUCCACUAAAACCUGCCAGUUAGGUGCAGUUUUAUUCCUCGUUCCGACACUAACCAAACGCGGCAGAAGAGCUGAGACGAGGAAUCUCUUUAUCUCUUUCAUCCUGGUGCCAUUUCUACGUUAAUCCAUGUUAGUUACUCUUGUAGAUGUCAGGCAAAACGGAUGUAUCUGUCACUGUUGUGACGUUUUUUUGUUUGCUGUUUUUUUUUUUUUUGGUCUUUCUUUCCUCUGAGGGACGUUUUAACACUGGUGCCGGCAGAAGUGCAGUCUCUCCUCAAGCUUCGGGGCGGUUUCACAGGUCGCAGUUUAAAAUCAAGGCUGAAAUAUGAGAAAACUUGUUGAUGAAUCCUAAUGACAUAAAAAAAAAGCUUCCAAAAAGAAAAAAAAAAUCAAACUCGGAGGAUCUUCAGAGUGACUUUGGGACAUAAUUUACGCACAUGCUUUUGCAACAACUCAGCUAACCUGAAGGAAGUUGAAGCCAUCAUCUUAUUUUACACAGUGUAGCACCAGAACAAUAUUUGCAAGCUGUUGCUUCUUUUCGCAGCCAUCCUCCUAAGGUCCUCCUGAAGCUUUGAACCGUCAGGGAUCAUCCACACUUCAAACCCUUCAACAAGUACUACCUCACUUGCAGGGAUUUCUUUUGGGGUAGAAACUACGACUAAAAUGCACCAAAAAGUUAGAGCCAUUUUCCAGCAGUAAUAAUAAGUGUUUCUGUUCUUAGAAAGUAUAUAUUGGAGCAAGAUACAGUUAAAAAGAAGUUUUCUCCUUUUCACCCCCAUCCUUUCUCUCGAAAAAUGUUUGGAGACACCAGUAUUAUCCUUGUUUGGGAUGCAAAUUUAAACAGUAUUUCAGGUGCUGAGUUCAUCAUCUGUCUGGAAAAAGGAAAAUAUCGGCUUAAAGGAUAGAAAAUGGCAGCGUGAGAGAUUCAGGUUGAGUUUAAGCUGCGUUCAGGAAACCGACCCCGGCCAACAAACAGCAUUCAGGGAUUCAGUACUAUGCUUUUCUAAGUUCUAGUGAUAUGCAACCAGUGCUGCAAACUACCCUACACUUCCGCAGGAUCAGCUGCAGCAGUGACUCUCAAUACAUACAAACACACACAAAUAACUUGUAGCAUUUUAAUUUAGCUUUUUUUUUUCUUCUUUUCCUUUUUAAAUACAUGAUCUUGCAUAUUGGUAUGUUGUAUUUAUUUUUUAAUUUACUGGCCUGAGGUUUUGGGGAUCAGAAAUCUGGUGCAACUCAGAAUAAAUUUGGAUUUAUGGUUGUUGGGGCGGGUUGGGGUGGGGUGGUUGUGUGGGUUAUAAUUCAGGAAAUACUUUCAUUAAUUGAAAAAGAAAAGAUAUAAACUGUAACAUGCUUCUUUCUAUUAAGUCUGCGGGCAAAACAACCGAGAAUGAAUGUUCUACAGACUCCUGGAUCCGUAUAUAAGUGUGUGUACUUUCAAUGGAUUAAGCCCCCGGCCCCGUGUAACGUUAGAGGGCUUACGUUCGGCUGGUGUUGUGUGAUUGUGCCCUGUCCUGUAGAAAAUAGUAAAAGCAGCACGUUUGGUUACCCAUUCAUGCACCUCUUGGCUAACAACUAAAUAAAAAAUGUAAUUGCACUCUGCAAACAAACACUCCUCAAUAUGCAAGAAACAUUUUCAGUUUAUCCAAAACAAAUUUCCCCCUUUUAAAAAUGUGACCUCGCCUUUGUCCAAUCUUCUCUGAAGUCUUCGUUUAAGUCAGGGGUGCCCAAGUCCGUUCCUAGAGCUGCUAUCCUGCAACUUUUCUCUUUGAGCUCUCGAGGGCAGGACUUGGGCAACCCUGGUUUUAAUGAUUGUGGACAAUCUCCUCUUUCAUUUCAUGAUGCAUGGAUGGGUUUUCUCAGGGUGUGGGCUUUUACACUUUUCUACCACGACUUUCUCCAGCCCAGCACCUCACAUUGCUGUGCAUAUAAACUACCAGUGAAACAUUUGUGUCUUGUUGCCCCCUCCCCCAACCUUUCCCCCCCACACUAUUUUAAGCAGUCUAGGAUCUGUACAGAUAUAAAUACCUGUAUCGACUAUAUACUCUGAGCUGAAUCUUUAUAAGUGCGUGUUGAACUUCAGUGUUUCCUCUACAUUCAUCAGCAGCCGGGCUGGGCGUGGCCUAGCUGCAUGAAAGUUGCCCCCCCUAUCCCUUCCCUCAUCCCCACCCAACCCCCCUCCCCAACAAAUGUGACAAAUAAUCCAACUCGAGCUUUGUGUAAGCUGAAAGCAAGAGGCUCAUUUUUAAAGCAUCCUGACAAGCACUUAAAACUCUAGAAAGUAUUGAACAUUCAAGCCUGAGGUGUUCCUCAAGGAGCCUGUUCAGACCCCCAAACUGUUGCUCUCAAAGAGCAGUUGCAAUACUCCCCCUUUGUGAUGGUACAAUCAGACACUACAGGUAUUUUAUUCCAGCACCUCAGCCUCUUCCUUUUCCCUUUCUUGGUAAGAAUUUUAGAGGAAUCAUUGAACUGCAGCGACCUCGCCUCCGAGACUGACAAGUCUGGUCGCCAGGCCUGGAAUUUCUACACUACAAAAACAUAAAGAAAAACACUACAAGAGUUUUUGACCCCACAGAUCUCAAGGCUCUCGAGCAGCAGCGCUGAUCUGAGAUCUGCAACCUGCAAUGAUUAUGGUGCUCACAGGGUUUUUAAAGCUGGAGGAAACAUGUCCCGACACAUGUGACUGUAAAUUUCAUGUUGCUGAUUAAACAAAAAAGAAGUGAAAAUGGAAAGAAACUGAAGUCUGAUACUUUCAAACAGGCCAGUGUGUGAAAUGGAAGAAAAUCAGCAUCCACAGAGAAAAGAGAAACCCUGAACGCAUCGUGACGGCAGAUGCCCCGAUCAGCGCUGCAGCUCUGGGCUGACGUCGGCCAACCGUGGUUUUUAUCAGCUGAAGUGAUCCACGUGAUGUAAAUAAAUGUGUUUUUAGAUUGUGAA